AUCAAGUUCACUCUUGUGAUUCCUACUUCACGUUAUUUUGCUUUAUUUAUUAUUUUCCAACUGUUUUUCUCGUUUUUCUUUAAAGUUCUUGAAAAAUGAAUAAUCAAAAAUCUCCCGUGAGGAGAUACUCGCUGAGAAAACGAUUAAAAACCGAAGGAGUUCAAAAAAAUGAUCCAGUGUCCUGCAAAGAGAAAAAUUUACGAAAAUUGAAAGCAAUGUUGAAAUUUUUCACCGACAAAAAACAGGAUCUCAUCGCUGAAUUAAAAUUAAACGAUUGCAUUCGUCUCAUGAUGUUGGAAACUCAAAUAACCGAAAUACUCGAUUUUUCCCAAUUUCAAGGAGCAGGGGAUAAAAAUGGAACGAUUGGAGACAAAUUAUUACACGAGGCGAUCGAAAAAAAAAAUCUCUCGCUUCUCAAGAAGUUAAUAAAAAAUCAAGUUCUCCAAAAAUCCAUUUGUCAUCACGAAUUAACGCCACUGAUGGAAUUAAUCGCCAAAGGACGUUCAGAAUGGAUUGACUUAUUCUACAAAGCCGGCUAUUCUUUUAAGGGAGAGAAAACAAAGAGUGGAUUGCCAAUUUUACAUUUUGCUCUUCAACAAGAAUUCAUUUCCAAAGAGUUGAUAAAAAAAUUACUAUCCUACGGAGUUGAAUUAUCAUCAACCGAUAGUAAUGAUCUCACGCCUCUGCAUUUUUUGCUGUCAAAUCAAGUGAAUUUGCCGAAUUACGGAAAAAUGGAAUUUGUCAAAUUAUUCCUGAAAUUCGGCGCUAAUCCAAAUUCAAGUUCAAAAUUAACUGGCGAGACACCACUUCACACGGCCGUUCGCAAUAGAAAUUGCUACGCAGUUAUACAUUUAUUACUCUACAAUGCGAAUGUAAAUGUAAAAAAUGUCAACAAUGAUACGGCAUUUCAUUUAAUUGCCGAUCGACUCGAGAGAAAAUUUUCAAAGCUAACCGUUCAGGAGGAUAAAAUUUCACUCGCAUUCGUCAAGCAUAUUUAUUGGAUGAAAUUAAAUUCCAAAGAAAUUGAUAAACAAAUCACGAGUCAUCGUAAUGGGAAAAUUUUCAAACACAAUAAACACACAAAAAUUACUUCGAAAAAUAAUGAUGAACAACAUUUAAAUGUUAUUUCAAUUUUAACAAAAUCUGAAAAUCAAUUAAUGAGGAUAUUCAAUCAAAAUUCUCUCAAUAUUUCCAGUGUGAUUGAAAGAAGUCCCUAUUGCUAUUGGAAGCGUCAUUUCAAAUUUCGCAUUAAAACGGCAAAAUUGCGAUUUAUUCUCAUGAAUAAAUGUGAAAUGGAAUUUAUGAAAUUUACCCAUUUGCCAUCGAUUUUUGUUCAAAUGGUGUUGAAAAAAUUGUCGACCGUUGAAUUAAGGAGUUUAUUCGCUGCACUUUGUCCAAAAAGUUUUAUGGAGAAAAUCAAAAUUGAAUCGAUUAAAUUAACGGAGGAUGAAGAUGAUUAUGAAAUGUCAUCGACUGCUAAUUAUUCGACUGAUGAAAAUGAUAAUGGUCAUGAUAAUGAUGACGAUGAUGGCGAGGACGACGAUGAUGAUGAUGACGAGGAUAUGGAUGAUGACGACGAUGACGAGGAUGAUGACGACGACGAUAAUGAAAACUACUUCGAUGUUGAUGACGAUGAUGACGAAGUUGAUUAUCGUAUCAGAAUGCUGAUGAUACUUUGACUUCUUUUUUGAUUUCAAUUUGUCAGGGAAACAAAAUUCAUCGCCAGAAAAGAAAAGAAAAAAAUUCAUCGUCGUAAGAAAAGAGCAAAGAAAAUAAUGAAAAAUCGGGAAAAAGUGACGAUAAAAAUUCACAUUCGAUUCGAUUUCGAAUUUAUUAACAAUUUUUCAUAUAAAAAAAUUGUGCGGAGAAAAAGAAAUAAUUCAAAACAUUAAUUAAUUUAGUAUUUAAAUUCAAAUUUAAUUAGAUAAU